CAGCGGAGGCGGCCAGCGUGCAUGGUGGGCUGUGAAUUCUCAGGCAUUAAACAUACGUUGUCCGCUUGCACCUCCUCCAGUCAUUCCUUGCCAUUUCUUCCGAUAUGGACAAAUAUUUUCCAUUUGUUUUAUGUGCUAAUUUAUUUCUAAUUCCACUUCCCACUUGAUAAGGCACCAACAUGCUUCCACCUUCUCCCCGCUGCCCACAGAGAAAAAAAAAAGCGAGAGACGGUAGGAGAGAAUUAGCAAGAGAGAAUGGAGAAGAAAGAGGGAAAGGUGAUGGAUGUGAGUCUCAAGGAGCUCUCAAGGAAGCUUGAGGAGUUUGCCAAGGAGAGGGACUGGGAGCCAUACCACAGCCCAAGGAAUCUGCUGCUUGCUAUGGUUGGUGAAGUGGGGGAGCUCUCAGAAAUAUUCAUGUGGAGGGGAGAAGUGGCGAGAGGUUUACCAAAUUGGAAGGAAUCUGACAAGGAGCAUCUCGGAGAGGAGCUUUCGGACGUCUUACUAUACUUGAUAAGAUUAUCUGAUAUAUGUGGUAUUGAUCUUGCUGAUGCAGCGGUCAAAAAGAUUGGCAAAAAUGCCAUCAAAUACCCUCCAAAAGCUCCUUGAAGAGCAUAAGAAUACCACCUCGUGCUGCAUUGUUUUGCAGCUGGAAUAUAUCUCAACCUAAAUAAAGUUGUCCACUCUUUGGUCUCAUAUCCUCGAGAAGUAUGUUAUGUAAAAGCAUAUCCAGCUUAUGCUAGAAACUAUAUAUAUAUGUUCAAUAUUCUAGCUACGUUCUUCUGGUUGGUCAACAUUUGAAAGCAUGUGUUAAUCUAACAUGAGAAAGUAGAUGAUUCCAA